GUGCUCAUGCGUCGUGUGGUUUGUGAAAGGGCUUUCAACGAAAAAAAGUUUGUGAGAUAUAUUUGAACCUGAUUUUUUACUCAAAAUUUGUACAAAAAUCACUUUUGGAGAUGAAUUUGUGAGCUGUGAUUGUUUGUCGUCCUUUUUUCUACAAGAUGGUGGUUUUUAAGAAGAGAAUGGAGCAUUUUUAAGCAUUUUAAAUGCAUUUGUUGUCAUCCAACUACAACGGCAGCACUGGGUCGUUACUCGGCUGAAUAACUCGCUUUUUCCGUCUGGUUUCUGUGGUUUUUGGCGUUCAUUUAUCGUGUAUCAGUUGAAGUUAUUCUUCCUCUAUUGAACAAUGUCUGUGGUUCACUACAAAUUCAAAAAUAACUUGGAAUACAAGACUAUAUCUUUUGACGGUUUGUCGAUAUCGCUUGGCGACUUCAAACAAGCCAUCAUGUCGCAGAAUCGCACCAAAAGCGGUGAAUAUGACUUGGAAGUCACUAACGCGCAAUCUAAAGAAGGUAUAGAGUUGUUCUACCUUGAAAAUACCUUCAAAUUUAUUCGUUAUUUGUCCUUUAGGCAUUCACUUCCUCUCCAUUAAAUAUAAAAUAAAUUUGAAGUGUGCCAGCUCGCCAUGUGGCAUAAAAUUAGGCUUUGAAUUUUUUCAUUUUGUAAAUUGGUUCAUUCAAAUUUCAUUUUUAUUAAUAUUAUUUGUAAUGGAUUUGGAGCAUUUUAUUCACAGGUGAGCAUUUUGAUUUCGGGUAAAUAUUGACAAAAUACUUGAAAAAAAAGUUUAAUAAUGAACCUAAAAAAGUCUUCCUAUCUGAGUGAAUUCAUCUGAUUCAUGCAUUUGGGGGAGAAAGUUUGUGGAUAAAGCCUGGUUUACACUAGCAAUUUUGAUUUUUCCGCUGCUAGUGAUGUGAUUAAAUAACAAGUAACAUGCAAACGACUUAGAAAUGUUUACUUCCAAAAACGAUUCUGUACGUUUUGUAUGCAAGUUCGGUCAUUUGCACUUGUUAGAAAAAGAAAAUUGCCACCAAUAACGCAAAAUUAAAACGUCUUAUGUUUUCUCUUCUCUAGCAUACACAGAUAAUGCCACCCAGAUUCCGAAGAAUGCCUCGGUCGUCAUCCGAAGAAUUCCUGUUGGACCAAAAGGAAAAGCCCUUACUGCAGCGUAAGUAUCUCCUAAAGGCCUAAUUUCAUGACAAGCGAAAUGCGAGAAAAUUUCGCGUGAAAACACACUUGUGCGAAAAUUUUCUCUUGUAGUGAUAUCCACAAUAGAGAAAAAAACGGCAAAGAGAAACAUUUCACAGAGAAACACUCCAAAAUCAUGUGCAUGCGUUCAACCUUUUCGUGCAAAUUUUUUUGCAUUUGGCUCAUCGUGGAAUUAUUAUUUCUCAAUUUUAUUUAUUGUCACCAACUACAAGACUAUGACACAUAAAGAAAAGAAUUAACAUUAUUUUCUCACUCGAGGGGUAAAUCCAAAUUGGGUCAUUCCAGAAAACAUCCAUACCACCCCCACAGAGGAAAUAGGAAGUUAAAGGGGCAGUGUCACGGUUCUACUGCGCAUCCAAAAUAUGCGCGAACUUGAAAACUGUCUGCCAACAAUUAAUCAAGUUAGGAGUGAAAUACGAUAUACUAUUUAUAAUCCCUUCGUUAUGCAGGACAUCCUACCCUGGCCCAGAGGUUUUUUUAGGUUUGGCGAACGCGAAAUACGAGAAAACGUGCGAAGAAAAAGGAAAAACCUCUGGUGAAUUUGUUAGCGAUUCCUGGUUCGGAUAAAGAAUGCAAAAAAUGUAUAAUGGCUUAAUGCAUCAUAUUCUAAAAAUAUUAUCCAAUCAUUAUCCUUGACGUCAGGCCGUCUAGACAGGGUUUUAUCGAAUGUUUACUGUCCAGUGUAUGCCUGCCCAUUUGUAGCAAUAUUCAUUCUCCUGAAUUUCAUUCAAUUUAAAACAUCACAUCUAUUCAAUUUAAUGUAAAUAUAUAUUUAUAUUCAUUCACUUUAUUAAUCUUGCAAUAUACAUACAAAAAAAUCUGUAUUUUAUAAAUUUAUUAAACACACCUCUUUGGGCCGACGUGAACUUUGUUUGUUAAUAAUACAAAAGCAAGCAAAUUUGUCUUGUAGAUUUCAAAUGAAACCAUUCCUUUCCAUUUCGCAUUUCGAAUAAUAGACUCGGGAUUACAAAAUGCGAAUGUAAACUCUCCAUCUAAUAUUGCUUUCUCGUCCUCUUUGUUUGACAGUGAAGUAACACGGCAUCCACGCUUUCUUAGUUCACAGACGUGAGAGUCAAUGAAAUAGUUCAAUUUGCAAAUGACUAUUAAGAUGGGUUUCUCCAGAAAAUUGUGGCCCCUGCCAAGUCGUCGUGCUACUCUCGGUGUUAGAACUUUGGAAUAUUAAACUCUUCCCAUAACUGAUAGCAAGAUGCAAAUACAUCUUUAAUGUGAAUCAAAUUGGACAAGGCGCGGUAUUGAUGCUCCGUUAAACUUUUAAUUCAGGAAAUUUAUCAAUCUACUAUUAAUGCAGCCUAUAAAACUGCUUCUUUCAACUUUUGUUCGUUUAUUUAAUAAUAUAGACAUUUCAAAAUUCAAAUGUUUCAAUUCAAUCAAAACACGAAACGCCUGCGAACAGGCUAUGAUGUUUACAAUAUCCAAUCAGAACACGUAGUCUAUCGAACCUAUAGUCAGCAGCCAAUCAACCCUUUGCUUCCAUUUUUGAAAGUUAUGUGUGGAAUGUGAACCCGAAAACUACGCCAAUUUCGCCAGAGGGUUAUUCAAAACAGGCGAAAAUAAAUACCCUCUGGUUCCAGGGUAAGGACAUCCUUACUUUGUUUUAAAAAUUGAAGGCUGCUGCAUCUUUUCCAAUCAUGUAGCAUUAAUUUUAAACGUUUCUUUGCGCCGUUUAUUUUAGCCAAUCAGCGCCGUGACACUGCCCCUUUAACCCCCCUACCCCCUUUGGAUGUCCUAAUACAUUUACUAUUAUCAGGAACAAUUUUUUCUCCCCUCCCCCUCCGGACGGCAGAAAUUUCCUCCGUGGGGGGAGUAUGGAUCUUUUCUGGAACGACCCAUUAAGAUUUAUUCAUAAGAAUGAAAACAUGUCGAAACUUCAUAUUUCUGAUAUAUUGUUUAUGUAUUUGUUAUUAUACAGGGAGAGACCACAGUCCCCAGCCGAUGGAGCAAAACCAGUAUGUAAAAUGAUAUUUUUAUAGCUAAAUAUUUUCACAAAUAUUGACAUAACAUUGAUUUGUAAAUAUUGGCCAGGGCAUAGAUCUAGCAUUCCAGAAAAUUUUCAGAUCUGGCUUAGCUGGCAGAAAUGUUUAUGACAUUGCAUAAAAAUAGUUUAUUAGGAAGAAUAUUAAUGAACUUGGCAGAAAACUUUGACCCCAAAACUUCCCAGAAAAAAAAUUAUUUCCUACUGUGUCGUUGAAUUUAUGUCAAUAUUUAUGAAAUAUGUUUUUAUUUUUUUUAUUUCUUUGUAACAUGUAAUUGUACAAAGAUCUGCAAUAAACAUUUUAUUUUGCUGCUAUCUUUAUUUUUGCCUGCACCAGUUGUACAGCAACUUGGUCAGAAUAAAGUUUUAUUUGUGUUUGUUGUGUGUUGACUAGUGGGUUAUGUUUUGUAUGCAGAAAGUUUGAUAUAGCCACACUUUAUUACACAGCUUUAAAGCACAGAAUGCACUUGUAUAAAUAGUCCUGUCAAAAUUCAUUUAAAAUUGCAAUAAGUGCUUUAAAGCAGGGUGAUAGGGUAGAAUUUAAAUACUCUGCUAUGCAUGAAAGACAAGAAAAUUUCCUGUCAAAGUGAUUAUCAUGACUUCAAAGUUGAUGGUGUAAUCAUCAAGGCUUUACUGAUGAUGUCAUCAUUAUGACUACUGAUGACAUCGCCAUACUUUUGCAGAUGUCAUCAUGAAUUUAAUGAUGAUGUCACCUUCAUGAAUUUAACAAUGACAUGAUUGUUAUGACUUUAUUGAUGAUGUCAUCUAAUGAUUUUACUGAUGAUGUCAUCAUAAUGACUUUAUUGAUGAUAUCAUCAUAAUCACUUUACUGAUGACAUCAGCAGAAAUUUAAUGAUGUCAUUAUAGUGACGUGACAAUGACAUGACUUUCUCGAAGAGGUAAUCUUUGCAAUCCGAAUGCUUUCAUCCUUGUCAGAGUUUCAAAGAAUGGCAUCAUGAUUCGGCAAUGCUAUCAUAUUUGACCAUGUAAUAGUGAUGUCAUCUGGCUUUACUGUAAAAUGAGCAACAAAAUUUCUGCAAUGUGCAAGACAAGCUAGUUUCAAGGAAUGUUCAUGCAUAAAUCACAACACCUGAGACAAAGAUGAACAUUGUUGUAAUCAGCUUUUUUUUAAAGUUGCAGUAAAUUUGUUGCUCAUACUUGUAUUUUUAAAAAUGAUGUCCUCAGUCGUCCGUCCUUUGUUUCAAUGACGUAAUGUCCUCCAAUUAUGCUCUAACACAGUUCGCUUGAUGUCCAGGAACCUUGCAUGCUUUAUCUAUGUUUUGUGCGAAUCUGGCAAAUAUUAGAAAAUUGGGAAGUGUAUUACUGUCGCAGCCUGGCAGAUACGGUGUUACUGUCGUUCCAAUUGAAGUGUUGCUCAAAUAUUGAUUCAAUACAUUACCUCGGGCUGACCAAUUCAUUUGAUCAAGUUCCUCGAGAUAUUCAUACACUUCCUGUGAAAGAGCCAAUUCCAAGUAUUUGAUCAUUUCUGGUCACUUCUUUCUAUUUAUGAUUGGUUAGUUGCACAAACAACAAAGGUGAUUGGUGCAUUCAAACUAUUCAACAGGAAGUUUACAAUUAUACUAGGAAGUGUAUGAAUAUCUCGAGGAACUUGAUCAAAUGAAUUGGUCAGCCCGAGGUAAUGUAUUGAAUCAAUAUUUGAGCAACACUUCAAUUGGAACGACAGUAAAACUAAACAAGACACCUGCUCAAGGCGUUCGCUCCGUCAGCAAAUGGCAGCAACAGAAUUGCUUGGGCCUUGGGGUGCAUGAUGUAGGGAAGUUGAUGAGGUGUGGUAUAGCACCUUAUUAUGACCUUGGCAUUUUGGCAAAGAAUAACAUAAUACUGUACAUACAAAUCAGAAAUGAAAGAUAUAUCUCCAGUACUUUAAUUAUACUUGGUUUAGUAGAUUUUACGAUGUGUCAUACUCAGUCCUCUUGUCCUUCAUCCUUGUCUUAUUUAUACAGGUCCACUGGCAAGCUUUGGUAUUACAAUCAAAGCUGAUUUGCAGCCAAUAUGAUGUAUUAGUAUUUUUGCACAAAUGAAUAUAACAAAUCCUACAAACUGAUUGGUCAAAUUUGACGUAUUAAGCUCUUAUAACAAAACCGAAAUUGCAAAAUGGCAGCUAGCCAUUUGUGGAAGUUACUGAUAGAGAAAUAAGCGAAAUUAAAAUAAACUCACACAAAAGACUUGUGUAAAAAUACUGAAACAAUGAUCUGCCUCAAGCUCGAUGAUUAUCAGGGAAUAUUCGUCUCGGUGAAUAUUCCUCGAUAAUCAGCUUGCCUUCGACAAAUAUUUGUUAAGUGUUGUUCUGUGACUAAUGGCUCAACCAGAACUUGCCACAAGUCAACUUCUCUUUGGUUCUUUAUACAUUUCUUUAUACAUUGCAAGCGAGCAGACAAAUUACAAGCGGAGGCAAGCAAGGCAAAUACAGGGACUCCCCUCUUCCUAAUCCCCUCUCUUCAUUUGCUGCCUUGCCCCCACCCCUCAUAAAAAGAAAACAGACUUUGAAAAAGUGUCUAGUAUUGAUUUUGAGUUGUUUUUUUCUCCAUUGAAAUGUAAGGGAGAUGGAAAUAGAUAGUAGUGCAGUCUUUGAAAAUCACUACUGUUUGCAAAGUGCCUGACCACAAAUUAAAAUUGAUGGGAACCCACCAUCGUUUGCCAGAAUGACAAACCUUAUCCCAGCUAGGGGGGAUAAUAUGGCCUUCUGAGCAUGUGUAGAUGCUUUUUCCGCCAAAAAUAACAUGUCAAGCAUUGACUGACUUCAUUCUGGUAAUGUUUUUCUGCUUAUAAACACACCAUCCCGCCUGGAGGAGUUUCCCGCCCAGGUGGGUGGGAUGAAAAUAUCGCGAGAUGAGAACGCCAAGGCGGGAUCAUAUAAACGGACCAAAGUGCGUUGAUAGCAUCUGAAACUAAUUGUGUAUUGUUUAUCUUGUAUAGUGUUGAUAUUUUAGUUUUUGUUCGGUUAUUUAUCUUUGUUUCAUUUUUACAAGACUGAAGAUCAGGAUGAUACGCCAGUUGUACCCUUGAGCAAACUCAAUAAGGUGAGAAAUUCUUCGUUUUAUGGCGGAUGACGGGAGAUGAGAAAAGCUGGUAUGUGAAGAACCACAUUGUUACGAGUAGAUGCAGGUUUCUGCUUGCAAAUAUUUGCGCAUAGAUGUAGCUUGUUGUUGAUGCAAAUGUUGCUUGUUCCUUUCAAAUACUUGGUUAUGGGCGGAAUUUUAUGUAGGGAUUUCCUGUACAGAAAUGGUAUUUUGCACAAUAUUGCUUGUUGGAGUGUGCAGUUGUAUGCAUCUCUGUUCAGAUUUAAAUCAUUGCACGUGGGUAAACGUUACUUGCAGAUGUUAGUUUCACGGUCAUUUAAGACUCUGCGCCCAAAUUAACAUUAUCAUACUUGCAUUUGAAAUUUCCUGCUCUGCGGAUAUUGGAAUAAAGAUUUUAUGCUCGGCUGUUAGUUGCUGCGUACAGAUAUAGCUUACUGCGUGCAUAUGAUAGUUGCUGCUGCGUUCAGACGAUAGUUGCUGCGUUCAGACGAUAGUUGCUGCGUUCAGAUGAUAGUUGCUGCGUUCAGAUGAUAGUUGCUGCGUUCAGACGAUAGUUGCUGCGUUCAGACGAUAGUUGCUGCGUUCAGAUGAUAGUUGCUGCGUUCAGACGAUAGUUGCUGCGUUCAGACGAUAGUUGCUGCGUUCAGAUGUUAGUUGCUGCGCGCAGAUGUUAGUUGCUGCGCGCAGAUGUUAGUUGCUGCGCGCAGAUGUUAGUUGCUGCGCGCAGAUGUUAGUUGCUGCGCGCAGAUAUAGGUUUCUGCAUUCAUGUGUUUUUAUUAUUAUUAUUUAAGCUUGCUUCGCGCAGAUGUUAGUAGCUUGCUGGUGUAGGUUUCUGCACACAGAAGUACGUUCCUUUGGUAUAUAAUUUUAGCCAAAUCUGUAUUUGCAAGAUGCAUUUUAUCAGGAUUUGUUUUAUUCCUUAUUUCCUCCUCAAUCAUUGAAUGAUAUCUCCACUUCACAGGUCGCAGAUCUGGCGUCAGCAAAUGCCUCGGAAGAAGACAAGAUUGCCGCGAUGAUGAACCAAGCUGGAGAGGAAUGGGACCCAUCAUUGUACGUUCAACACUAAGUCCCCCCCCCCCCCAUCUAUCAUACAACAGAUUGUGCUGCUAACAUGUGUUUAUACCAAUUGGCAUUGCUUCCCAGUUCAAUCACAUAUUGCCUUUAAGUGCAUGGUUACCAUUGUUUAAUUCUAUGCUUACAUUAUCAGAACAGUAGUUAGGCAUGUGAGUAAAAAUAUGAAUUGCGUAACAUCAGGAGUGAACAUAGAGAUAAGGCAUAUUUAUCAUACAAUCUAAAACACAAUCCAACCCUGAGAACGAGGCUGAGAGGAUAGUAUUAGUAUAGUAUCCAGUAUAAUAUUAGUUUAGUUUCUAGGAUAGAUUAUUCAUUUCUCUGUCUUGUAUAAUUCCUUGUCAGGUAUGCCAAACCCAAAGGUCGUCAGUUUAAUGCAGCUCCCCGCCUACCUCCCCCACCCCACUACAUGUGCUUCCGAUGUCGGAAACCUGGACAUUGGAUACAGAAUUGUCCAAAAAACAACGUAAGUAGUAGAUCCAGUUUCAUGCUCCUAUCAACAGUCAGCCCAGCGCCCUCCAUACAAAGAUGGCGGAAAUUGACGUCCUGUACCAGUCUCUUUCUAUCGUUUUUGUCUGCGCGGUCAGACACGAAGAUGGCAAGGAGUGUCAUAGAGAUUAUAAAUAACACUAGAGGAAGCAUCGAGGUUAAAAAUUGGGAACGCAGCUAAUGGGGGGCAAGUUCAAGUCCCGGAUAUACAAUCGUGCUCUCAUUGGCUGAUUUGAAACUCAUCACCAAUGGGAACGUCAGUACACAUCCGGGUCUUGAAUUUGCCCCCCAAUAGCUGCGUUCCCUUUUUUUAACUGAAUUAAGAUCACAAUGCCUCCUCUAGUGUUAUUUAUAAUCUCUAUGAGGAGUGUGCCAUCCCCAGGCCUCUCGGCUGCGCGCGUCUCCCUGAAAAUUGCUCCAGAUCUAUAUGCCACCAUCUGUUGCUCUGUAACUAACACCUGUUGUCUUUCCAGGAUCCUAAUUACGAUCUGAAAGUUCGUCGUACCACAGGGAUUCCCAAGAGUUUUCUCCGUCUUGCUGACAAGCCGACACAGAAAGGAGCAUUGUUGAUCCCAGAUACUGGACAAUAUGCUGUACCUAUAGUGGAUCAGUAAGUAUACACUGCCACGAUUAUGAUCUUUUUUUGUUAUAAUGGAGAAACUCGUUUUUGCAAACCAUGCGUGUUCAGACUUCAGUCAGUUGUGCUGUUUAAACCCAGUUUAUUUUCAAACUUGAGUGGUAGAAUCAAAGAAACAAUCAAAGGCUGUUGAGGCCGACUUACGGAUAAGAUCAAAUGAAAGUGACAGAAAGAAUAAGAGCGGUUUGCAGUUGUUUUUGCAAACCGGGCACCUUGCGAGUUUUGCCAUUUCACUCAUUUAUCGUGCUUCGUUUGCCAAAUCAAAAGAACGAACACGUGCUCCAGCCCAAUUUCCGGUUCUGAAAGGCCCGAUUCGCAGGUAAACAGUGUGUGCAAAGCAGGCUGGUCAUUUCCUAUUGUUUAACUGCCCCCCCCACCUCCCACUCCCACCAAGUUACCACAAAGACUAACAGUCCGUGAGUCAAAAAGAAACAUGAUUAAGAUUGCUUGAUGUGCCAAAUGAAGUCGAAUCGGUUACUAAAAUAUUAAUUUCUGAAUACUGGGAAUGAAAUCUGUCUAUCCUCGGAUCAUUAAAAUCGGGCAUCACAAUGGCCAGGUGAUACGUUAAACUGGACACUUUGGAGACAUUAGUAUUUCAGCAAGUAAUCUGACUUCUUUAGGACCCCACAAGUAAGCGAAUACUCCCUUUCGGAAACUACGUCACCUUGACCAUGGGGCCUCGCUUUCGUGAUUGAAAUGUUGGUCUUUAACUUAGAUCACAUUCACUGCGUAAUAAAGACACUGUUAUAUGAUGCAUGUUAUUUUAAGAGUGUGUUGUUCUCUUCAAUGUGUCUAAAGUUUUCUAUUCUAUCCUUAGCAAUGCGUACGAACAAGCGGCGACGAAGAAACGACUUAAUGCUCAAACUGGUCUGCUUGAAAGUGAGAAGCCAAUCCCGCCAGAAUAUUACUGUCCCAUUUGCAAGAAGAUCAUGAAUAAUGCUGUUGUUGUUCCCUGCUGUGGUGAAAGCUUCUGUGAUAGUUGUAAGUUGAUGAUUACAUGAUUCAACUAGUAAGAACUCGAAUACCUGCAGGUUGACCACCAUCUGAGGCACGGUGAUGCUUCUUGAAAACUCCGUAUUAACCAGUGAACUCUAAGUCCUCUAAGAGAACUGGAACAGUAACUUGGCGGCCAUCUUUGAAGCCACUCAUGACGGCCGCCAUGUACGUAUGGAGUGGAAAAUACGACACCGAAAAGAUGUCUGUUUUCGAGCACCAAAUAGCUGUAUUUUAACAAGGAAAAAAGCUAAAAACUUUCAACAAUACCUGAAAUUUAAUACAAAACAUAUUUCCAGAACGUAGAGCAGUUAUAAAGUUCUUUUUUCAGGAGUCAAAGUGCGAAGCUUUUUUUCAGCACGUUCAAACUUGUGUAAUAUUUUGAAUAUCAAGCUGUUACCCAGGAAGUUUUUGCUGUUAGUGGAUGUAAAAUACUUAGGACUAUCCAGGAAACCAGGUUUGAAUCUUUUAAGUUGAAGCCUGUUGAUAAAAAAAGUGCUUUUUCUUGCUGAUUUUCGCUCAAAAACAAACUUUUGACUGAAUUUCCCGCUCCUCGAAACUCUCCCCAGUCCUUUCGAAAAUCAAUUUAUUGCUCGCUGAGCUCGCGAGAAGCGCCAUCUUGGCUUCAGGCAAGUAUGGUCAUGUUUAUCUGCAGUUAGCAUUCCAGUGUUAUUACAGUUCACUGGUAUUAACUGACAUUUUGAUCUGUUCAGGUAUAGAGAAAUAUCUAUUGGAAAAUGAUCAUGUUUGUCCAUCGUGUCAAAUGGAAGAUGUUUCACCUGCGUCCAUCGUCAUAAACAAACAUCUCCGUCAGGUAUGAUAGUGACACUUGGAGGGCCACAGGUUCGAUUCCUGCCAGAGGGCCUAUAGUUGCAUUUUUCGCAACUGCUCCUGGUUAUGAUGCUUGUGAUGUUACCGUGAGUUCAUAUCCACACCGGGCAAGUUUGAAAAAUAUGCCUGUCCACGGUGGGAAUCGAACCUACGACCUUUGGAAUGCCACCGUGGUCAGGCAUGUUUUUCAAGCUUGCCCGGUGUGGAUAUGCACUCAGAGUAACAUCACAAGCAUCAUAUUCACCUGAGUACAUAACACCAACACAGAAACAAUCAUGCUCCUGGUUAGAUCUAAUAAAUGUAUAAAAUUUACAAAACCCUUCUAUAAUUGGAAAUUGAACGCAUGUUGGCCAUGUACUGUUGUUGUCCUUAGAAAUCUCUAACUGAGUUAUUUCCACCUAGGCAAUAAUCAAGAUAAGAUCGUCAGGUUUUGAUGGUGGUACACUCUCUGCUACGUCAUCACCAAGUGCUCAUCGUGAUGGUGACCAAGGAAGGUAGGUCUCUCACUGUGUGAAUUAGAAUACACCCUUAUGGAAAGCACUUAGCCACAGCUAUAGACCCUUAGCCACGGCUGUAGAGUCUCCGUGAUUGAGAUAUUGGUUUUAGAGCCCCUGUCACUGAUGACAUAAACAUAAUUUACUGUUAUAACCGUACGGUUUUGUAAAUGUGUCACGUGUAAAAAGAUAAAGGGCUCAUUUGCCAUCUGUUUCCAGUAACUCAGGAAAAUUCUCAUUCACAUUUUCUGGAAUAAAAACCUCGAGUUCUCUUGAUAAUCGAAACAAAUUACUGCCUAGGAAAUCUCUAAUAAAACGAAUUUCCUUUUUGAGUAUAUUUUUUUUAGUGCAAAUAAAUUCUAUUCUAUUCUAAACUCAAUAUUUCAAGUCUCAACCGCGAAAACGAGAUUCUAUUGCCAAGACUGAGUGCUUUACGUGUAGUAUAUGCAAUUAACUUCACUCACAGUGCUUUUAUUCCUUUCAACGUGUAGAUCAACUCCAGUUCCAGCGGCGACUGUCACAACUACUGUUGAGUCUUCUGUAACAACAGCACUACCGGUGGCUAGUGAAGCAUCAAAACCAGGGCAAGCCAGUCCGGUACCUGGUACGACAACACCCACUACAACAGCAUCAGUUGUUUCACAAGGUAUGACUGCACCAAUAAUUCCUUCUUUUUCAUUUUUAUUCGUGGGAAAUGGAAAUGAAAUGACAAUCUUCAAUUGUAAUCAGUAUGUUCUCUUAGUUCUAAUUUUUAUCUUUAGUUCUAAUUGUUAUUUUGAUUUUCUGUAGAAGCCGUUACACCCGCUGUUGCGCCGCCAGCAGCAGCCCCACCACAAGCAGCCCCUGCAGCUCCACCACCAGCAGCCGUACUACCAUCAGCAGCUGUUCCCCAAGUAGCUGUUCAUCAAGCAGCUGUACUUGACCCUCGAUUGCAAAGGUAUGACAUUUACAAUUGAUUUACGAUUAUAGGAGAUGCAUGGGUAAUACCUCAAAAUACUGUUGCAAAAAAUUUUAUAUUAGUUUUAAAGUUUAACCUGUUUUCCAAUCUUCUGUUGGUCCAGUGUUACUGCGACAGGAAAUCAGAGCAUCUUGGGAAAUCCUGUAGUAUUUUGUAGAAUCAAAUUGGAAGCACACUUUGAGCGAGAUGAGAUUAUAAUCAGACAAGUUACUAUUGCAGAAGUGGAACCCUGAUCUAGAAUCAGACAAGUGACUAUUGCAGAAGUCGAACCCUGAUCUAGAAUCAGACAAGUUACUAUUGCAGAAAUCGAACCCUGAUCUAGAAUCAGACAAGUGACUAUUGCAGAAGUCGAACCCUGAUCUAGAAUCAGACAAGUGACUAUCGCAGAAAUCAAACCCUGAUCCAAGAGAUGAAAAGUUCAUGUACUUACCACUGUGCCACCGACAUUUUAAUAUAUUUCUGAAUAUUUCUUCCUAGACCUGAAGGUAUAGUCCAGACUAUGGCGGUACCACACCCAGUUGCUCCAGUCCACCGUGCAGCUUACGUAGUCCCUGCUGGACCCACCUACCACCACCACCCUGCUCUAGUGCACCCCUCAGUUCCAAGUUUCGCCGCUGCUCCAUAUGGUCAUAUCCCCCACCCUACUUUAGUCCCCACCCGUCACACCGCUCUUCCCUUUGCCAACCUUGACGCUGGUGUUGGCAUGAUGAAUGAAGAAGAGUUUUAUAAAGCUAAAAUUAAAUUACAAGAAAGGUGAAGUUUUAAUUUUUGUUUUCUGCCCUUGAUAAACAGAGUCGAUAAAUAAUCCCAAAGGUGGCGGGGGUUCGAUUCCCACCGUGGUCACUGGUCAGGCAUACUUUUCAGCUUGCCCGGUGUGGAUGCACACUCAGAGUAACAUCACAAACAUCAUAUUCACCUGAGUACAUAACACCAACACACACAAAAAGUAUCUUAUCAGCAAUGUAUUUCUAAUGUAAGAUUAUUUUUUAUUCAGACGAAAACGUCGCAAUAAAGACGACGAUGAAAGAAAGAGUCGAAAGAAAGAUCGUAAUCGCAGCCGACGAGACCGACGGGAAUCUCCGAGCUCACGUCGUUCGCCGUCCGAUGCCCGCACGAGAAAACGAUCAAGGUCCUGGACACCAACUGGUUCCAGUUCCCGCUCAUCAUGGUCACACUCUUGGUCCAAGUCCCCCUCGCGGUCAUAUAGUCGAUCCAAGUCGCGAACUCCCGUGAACUGGGAUCGUUCACGGUCGCCCUCUGCGGAGAGGAAAGGGAAGCGUGGAGAGCAGGGCAGGAAACGUAAGAAGGAGGAUGUUCGAGAUUCCAAGAAACGAUCUAAAAUUGACAAUGAAUUACCAGAAAAACAAACAGCAAAGACUGUGCAAUCAACUGAACGGAAUGUUUCCGAGAAACGGACUGUUAAGACUACAAAGUCAAAAGAGUCGAAGGAGAAAGCGAAAGUCGAUAAUGAUGGUGAAAUGUCCGAGAAACGAACAGUUAAAAACGAGCAGAAUAAAGACGUUAAGAAAAAGUCUAAAGGGAAUGACAGUGUUGAUGGUACUGCAUCGGGAAAACAAAACGUUAAGACUGUAAAAGAUUUGAAGGAAAAAUCUAAAACGAAUGAAAAUGUUGACGGUAGUGUUUCUGAGAAACGAAGGAAGGAGGGUUCGAAAGAAACAAAGAAACGAUCUAAACCAAAUGAUGAUGUUGAUGAAAAGAACGUUAAGACUGGAAAGCCGAAUAUCCAGACCAAAGACGGAAAGAGAAAAUCUAAAGUGGACAGUGAUGAUGCUUCGGAAAAAGUGAAGACCGGAAAAUUAGUCGAGUCUAAGAAAGCAUCGAGAAAGGACGUUAAGAAAUCGAAAGGGGAGAGUGACGUUGAUACCUCGGUAAAACGGACAGCUAAGACUGCAAAGUCGGUUGAGGCAAGGAGGGAGGUGAAAAAGAAGUCUAAAGUACAAAGUGACGGUGAAGAUAGUUUUUCAGAUAGCGUCAAGAGUCUGAAAUCAAGUAGAGAAGUGAAGAAGAAAUAUGAAAGUGAUAAUAGUAUUGAAGACGAAUUGAUUGAGCCGAGAGGAGAGAUUAAGAAAAAAUCGAAGAGCGAAGCUGGAACUGCGGAGAAACUGAGUGCUAAGAGUGGCAAGUCGAAAGAGUCGAAGGCUGAAGUUCAGAAGAAAAAUAAGUCGGACAUUGAUGUUAAUGAACGUACGUCGAAAAAACAGUCGAAGUCAGAAAAGGAGUUGAAAAAGAAAUUGAAAUCGGACGAGAUUGAAACAUCAGAGAGAAAGGUGUCAGUUAAGAAAAGAUCUAAGGUAGAUUUAAAUAAUCUCGAUAUGUCAGCAGAUAAGAAAUCUGAUAUAUCAUUAGUUAGGAAAUGUUCCAUAUCUGACCUCAGAGAUAUUGUUAAUAAGAGUUCCGCUAAAACGGACGAUAAUGUCGAAAAAUCUUCUAAAAUUAAGAAAAAUUCGGAUUUGUUUCGAGCGAAGGAAAACGAUUUGCGGGAUCUUGUCCAAAGUCGAAAGAAAGAUGACGUUUUUUAUGAUGAAAGAAAACACUCUGGAAAGACGAAAGGUGAUAGUAGAGGUUAGUAAAAACUUUUAUCCUUCUAAUUGUGAAUGCUGUCAUUCAUACUGUCUAAUUCGAAGGUUUACGCCCUUUGUCGGGAUUAGAGUUUUCUUGGUGUUCUAAGAUCUUUCUAUUUUAACUCAAGUUAGGUUGUAAAAUUUCUUCCAGUGAAACGACAUUUCUAUUGUUAAAAUUGAAAAUAAUUAAUUAGAUUUCCAAUUGCUUCGAACCGGAGAUCUUCAGCGAAUGUUCCGUUAUCCUUUCUGUUUCAUUUUUUCCCCACUGUUCUCCAUACCAUCGAAUCGAUCCGCAGCUUAAAAGAGUCCUGGUCAACCACAAUGCAAUGCGUGCGUUUGUUUACGUUUUUGUUACGUUGUGGGCCAGAGGUUGUGGGCCAUUUUUAGUGGCCUUGAAAAUGGCGGCAACAAUUGAGAAAAGUAACGGAAAAACGUAAAAGCUCGCAUUGCAUUGUGGUUGACCAGGACUCUUUAACUUGUUUUCAUUUGCAAUAGUCGUUAUUUCACAAAUAUCCCCGAGGUUGCUUGAAGGAUGAAACGACGUUUCACUUUCCUGAAUACUGUAGAAAAUACUUUGACUUUUCAAGCAAAGGUUUAUCGUCAAGUUUGCGAGGAUUUCCAGACGAAGCGCCUCUGGUCGACGUCAAAAUAUUUCCUAUAUUUUUCAGAUAAUUGGAUCGUUCAAGUUAUUACCGAAAUCAGUAGAGUGUCUUUUCCGGAAGUUGAAAAGGCAGUCAGAAGCCAGCAGAAACGUUCAUGUUUUAUGACGUCACUGUGAAGGAAUGCAGCGUGGAACUUGUAUGUUAUUUUACUUUAUAUUAGUAACUUUAUUUAGUUUGACAAAUUGCCAAUGGCUCGCCAAGCGCAAAACAAGCUUUCGAGCGAAGGGUAACCUGAAGUUCAGACCCUAUCUAAAAUUAGGGCCUGAACUUCAGGUUAAGCAAAGGGAGAACCUUUGUUCGUGGGAAGGCACUGGGAGAAGAAAUGCAAACUAAAUAAAGUUACUAGUAAGUAAAAUAACAUACAAGAUGCACGAUUCCUUCACCGUGACGUCAUAAAACAUGGACGUUUCUACUGGCUUCUGACUGGCUUUUCAACUUCCGGAAUAGACACUCUACUGAUUUCGGUAAUAACUCAUGAAUAUUAUUUAUCGUUACCUACACUGAACCCCCAUACUCAAGUGAUUCUACAAGCCAGAGUAUGUUUUAUUUUGUAGCUGCUAGCCCUGUUGUGGGAAAGAAAAGCAAGACUGAACGCAAGGACGAAGAAAUGCGUGACAAAACAGCAAAAACUGCUGUGGAAAAGACUAAGGACAAAAAAUCAAAAGAAACCACUAAAAGUGGUAAAUCUGUUGAGCAAAAUCGUAAAGAGAAAUAUUCUAAAGACAAUAAACUUUUUGAAGAAAAGACAAUUAUUGGAGGAAGUAAAAAUGCGAAAGACAUUUUGAAAAAGACAAGUAGUAGCGGGGAUAUCCGCGAAGUUAGUUUAAAAACUUCUCAUAAAGAGAAAAAUUCUGUAGGUAAAAUAAAACACAAAGAUAGUGAUGAGUUUUUGCGUGUUGAAAAACGCGAAAGUUCGAAAAAAUCUAGGAAGCAUUCUGUCUCUGAUGAGAGUGAAUACUCCGAUUCUGAGCAGGAAAAUAAGAAGGAAUCCAAGAAACGAGAGUCAAAGAAGGCGAGAAAAUCUGUCUCGGAUGAAAGUGAUGAUGAACGAAGAGUUUCUCGGAAAAGAUCAAAAGAUGAAGAUGAGUAUUUCCAAGAUUCCGCCGAGAUUUCUGAGAAACCAAAGAAAAAGAAGAAAAAGAGGCCCACCGAAGUUGAUGAGGAUGAUGGGAAGGAAGUGAAACAAAAAAAUAAAAAGAAGAAACAUAAAAGGAAGCAUAAGAAACAUAAACAUAAAAAGAAAUCCAAACAUAAGGAGAGAAAACGAUCUGAUGAAGUUCGUACUAGUGACGAAAUGGGAGAUGAUUCCGAGAAAGAACGUGGGGAAAGUGCUGACGAAGUUGGAGAUGGGUCUGAAAAAGAUCGUGUUGAAUAUAGAGCCGAUGUAAAAAAGGAAGAAAUGUCCGUCGAUGGUGAAUCUAGUGAAGCUAUCCAGUCAGAAUCUGAGAAUGAUGCUGAGUCUGGGAAUGAGUCGAAUCAAGAUGAAAACUACAGAAGUGGUGCGGAUAGUUUAAAAGUUGAAGUGAAUUCGGGCAGUGGUGACAUAAGUGAUGAUGACGUCAUGAUGGAGGAGGAUGACGUCAUAGAUGAGGAAGUACAUGAAGAUAAAGUGGGAAAACUGAAAAAUGAAUUGGAUGAUGAUGAUGAUGAAGAAGAACUUGAUUAUGAUGAAGAAGAAUUGGAUCAGAGCAUGGAACAGGUUAAUGAAGAUGAAGAGGGGAUCCAGAAGGAUGAAAGGGAAGAUGAUGAACAUGAAGAAGAGAUUGAGGUCGAUAGUGAGGGUGAAAAGGGGGUAGAUAUUGAUAAUGAUGGUGAAGAGGAGAUCGAGGUGGAUGAAGAGGAGAAUGAUGGCCAUGAUGAGGAGGAAUCUGGUGGAGAAGAAAUAGAAACAGAUGAGGAGGAUGGAGAAGAUGAAUCUGGAGUGGAAGAAGUAGAUGAGGAAGAAGGUGAAGAAGUGGAGGAUGAAGUAGAGGUAGAAGGUGAAGAACAAGAAAUCGAGAAUGAAGAUGUGGAACAGGAAGAAGAAAAUGUUGAAGAGUCUCCGGAGGAAGAACAAGAGCUUUUGGAAGAUGACGAGACUUUGGAGGAAGACCAGGAUGAGGAAAACAUUGAAGUGGAAGAAAUAGGAGAAAUAGAGCUUGACAAUGACGCUGGAGACGAAGAAAUUGAGGUGGAAGCUGAUGAUCAGGAAAAUCAAGAAAUUGAAGUGGAAGUUGACACUAAGGAAAGUGAAAGUAUCGAAGUGGAACCUGAUGAUCAGGAAAAUCAUGAAAUUGAAGUGGAAGUUGACACUAAGGAAAGUGAAAAUGUCGAAGUGGAAGCUGAUCUGGAAAAUCAAGGAAUCGAAGAGAAGGUUGAUGAUAAUAAACAUGAAGGUAUCAAAGUGGAAACUGAUGAGAUUGUGAAUGAAGAGGCGUUAUUGGCGGAUGACGCAGGUCACGAAUCAUUGCCAGGUAACGAACUUGAUGACGCAGCCUUGCUCGAGGACGACGAACUACCAGCAGGAGAGGAUUUGUUUGACGAAGCGUUGCUAGGAGACGAUAAGGGUAGCACUGAAGGUGACGGGGAACUUAAAACUAACGAACUCUAUGGUGACGUAGGUGAUGACGUCACUAAUAACGUAGAUAAUGACGUGACUGAUGUUGGUAAUGAUGCCAUGGUUGAAGUAGGCGAUGACGUCAGUGAUGACGUAGGCAAUGACGCCAGUGAUGACGUAGGCAAUGACGUCAGUAAUGACGUAGGCAAUGACGUCAGUGAAGUAGAUGCUGACGUCAAUGAUGCUAAAGACAUGGGAUAUGAGUUGAUUAAAGAGAGGUCGAGUGAAAUAAACGUGGCAGAAAGUAGUGCAUCUGAGAACAUAGACUCGCAAGAACUGAGAAAUACUGACAACAAAGUCGUUGAACCUGUACAUAUGCAAAACAUUGUCGAAAAUAAACUAUUGAUUGAAGAUUUUCAAACCAAACCUCUUGCCCAGUCUAGCCGUGCUGCGAGAAACAAAUCCCACAACAAUGGUGCUUCGAUGUACUAUCACCCAAGAUCUCGACACAAUUCAUAUGAAACCUAUCGAAGUUAUGACUCGGGCGUGGGAACAAUAUCAUCACUUGAUAGCAUGUUUGAUGAAUUUGACGACGCCAACUACACGUCCUUUGGGGAUCCUACCGAAACACGGCGAACUUGAACCGACGUUUUCCGAGUAAUCAUGAACAAUGAUGACAUUGAAACAUUUUAUGGUUGACGUCAUUAUGAUAGUACGAAGACGUAAUUUUUAUAGCGUAAUUUUUGUGUGACACAUUGGAUAUAUUUGUAGUGUGUGUGUUUAUGAUUGGCUUUGUUCAGAUAUCAUGUAGAUGUUUAGUUGGGAUGUUUAGUUGAGGAUUUUUUCAUUUCAAGGCUUGUUGCAUUCAACAAAUGCAGUACUUUAUUCUUUAAUAUAUACACUGUAUAUACAAAGUUGAGAGAAUGUUUGAAAUCAGUUUACAUGCAUACUUUCAUUCACGCAUCACACUCCAUAUUCUUGUUGUGUUUGUCUGUCUGUGUCAUAUAUCGCCAUUUCAGAAGCAUUUCAAACAUUUGAGGAACAUUUGUGUCAUAAUAGCAUCUAAAAAAAAGAAAAUAUGUAAAAAAUAUUUAUUUUCGUAUAAAAUGAAAUUAAUAACCGUUAUAAAAUGUUGGUGUUUGUGUGAUUAUAUAUUCAGUAUUUUAUUGGGAGUAAGUUCUCAAACCCGAGUAGUUUCAAGUAGUUUAAUCAUUUGGCUGGAAAGAUUGAGAGGGUUUGAACUGCCUGAAAAACUGCAGGUAGUUGAAACUCUUUCAACCCACAUCUUUCAUGUAUUGCCACUAUACCGCAGAAUAAAGACACACAGAAGGUGGACUCAGCCAAAAAAGCGUAACCGCUGCCACGCCAUGAUUCGUCAUCAAACAAUGACGUCAUAGCCAGUGUGCUUAUGAGAGACAUUCCCCCCUGGACGUCCACCAUUUUGAAAAAUAUCAGGGGGGUGAAUGCCUCUCAUAUGCGCACUGGCUGGGACCAUGGCGUCAGCAUUUUGAUGACGAAUAACGGUUACCGCCAAAAAAUAAAGAGAAAGCAAGAAGCUGAUCUUCUGUUUGUCUCUAUUCCUAUAUACCUACACCGUUCGAGUUUUAAUCAUCUGCCUGCAUAGCCUAGACAUCGCUAGGUUUCUCUAUUGAUAUAAAAAUAUUUGAAAUAAAUUACUCGUCGGUAAGCAUGUAUGAAAAUAUAAUUAGCAAUUGCCUCUUAUCCCAUUAGGAGAGGAUGAUUUGAUGACUUUUUUGAAGUAGCUAUCGUUGUCCUUGACAUACAGUUUGAUAUACCUUCAUAUCACUAUUAGUUGAACACCGAGGAAGUCUUACUGAUCUUUCAAUGAAUGCCAAUCCAUCGGGGACCGGUUGUAUAAAACGUUUUUAACUACUUUUUGUAGUUAAAUAAUAGUUAACCGCCUGAAAUGCGCGAUUUUGAUUGGUUAAAUAUUGCAUUGAGCCCCAUGCAGGUC